AAGGCAGUUUUUUAUUAAGAUGGUUACUGAUUUUCAGAGUGAAGUGUUUGCAAGUGUUUGCAAGUCUGACUUGAGCAAUUAGAAUAUACAUCCCGACAGUCUUAUUUGUGGAAUCAUUUUACGUCUUUGCUCAGCAGGAGCACCGUCGGGCGGCCCCGGACAACUAAACGUACAUCAGCUACUACGAUACACAACCAAGAAAACCGGAGGAUCGACAGAAAGAAGCCGACGAUGUGCGGAGUGUCAGAGAUCAGUGGCUUCUGAGAUUUUGGCCUUUCAAAUACAAUCAACGCAAAUAAACUGCCAAUUCUGUGGACACAUUGGACUCCACGCUUAUCGUUCUAAUAUUCUGUCCUCGCACGUGACUGCCGUCAAUCGAAACAGCCAACGACGUUAGCCUCUGAGCGAGCGGUGUCAGCUGAGCGCUAGCGAGCUAGCAGCAGGAAGAGAAGCUAGGCAGCUUGCUGCUGUCUCGUCAACGAAUCUCGCUCUCGACAGCAGCCCGGAGCCCAGUUUGAGAAGCCAGGCUAAACUGACAGUGUCGUUUUACCGGUAUCUGUCGUUAUGCGUUUCUCUACACCAGUGGACUGUUGUGGUCGAGGUAGCUAGUUUUUGAAACAACAAACUGAACCCGUUAGCAAGUUAUCCAACGGCUUUGGAACUGCAAGUUGGAGAACUAGAAAACGGGGGAUCAGCUUAAUGUUAGCUGUCUGGACAUAGUUAGUCCAGCUACACCGUGAUUUCAGUUCGAGGCACACGGCUAGCUCGCCAGCAGGCUUAUAUCUCGUUAAUCAACUAGCUGACCAGACGGGCAUCCAGGUUGCUAGCUACUCGCUAUGUUCAUUUGUGGUCUGCGAGCUGUCAUUUAUGUUUACAAAUUCCAGUGUGGGACUUGCUCCUGUUUCGAAUGCUGCAACGGAAACAUUAGCUAACACAAGCUAGCUUACUAGGUAGCUAGUUAGUACGUUGUUUUUCUACUCAAAAGAAUACCCUGUCAGCUAACGAUUAACGAGAUAGGUAGAUAGAUAACUGUCAUUGAUUUUUAUUAAUCGAGCCAAGGAACUGCACGGACUUCGAAUUCCUCUGUUUGCGCACGGAUUUUAGCAGCUACACUCAAAUUGAACAGACAUUUUCAAAGUUAUUGUGGACUGAACUGUUUGAGGCUGGCCGAGUAGUAGCCCAAUUUGCCAGUCGUGUCUCGCCAGGUUGUGUUCAUCUUCUGGAUAGGUAGCUAAUUAUACUGGGUUUUGAAGCCGACACCGAGAGAGAGAAAAAAGAUGUCUGGGCAGUCUAUUACGGAUCGGAUCGCCGCUGCUCAGCAUAGCGUGACCGGAUCAGCAAUCAGUAAAGCUGUCUGCAAAGCAACGACACACGAAGUCAGCGGGCCGAAAAAGAAACACCUUGAUUACCUGAUCCACUGCACCAAUGAGAUGAAUGUGAGUGUUCCCCAGCUGGCUGACACUCUGUUUGAGAGGACAGCCAACAGCAGCUGGGUGGUGGUGUUCAAGGCCCUCAUCACCACACACCACCUCAUGAUGUACGGCAACGAGCGCUUCAUCCAGUACCUGGCCUCCAGGAAUACCCUCUUCAACCUCAACAACUUUCUCGAUAAAGGGGCCCUGCAAGGUUAUGACAUGUCGACAUUUAUCCGGCGGUACAGCCGCUACCUGAAUGAGAAGGCCAUGUCCUAUAGGCUGGUGGCUGUGGACUUCACCAAGAUGAAGAGAGGGAUCGAUGGGGUGAUGCGUACCAUGAGUAUAGAGAAGCUGAUCAGGACCCUGCCCAUCAUACAGAACCAGCUGGAUGCCCUGCUCGACUUCCAGGCCAACCCUAAUGAACUAACUAAUGGAGUGAUCAACGCUGCCUUCAUGCUGCUGUUUAAAGACUCCAUACGGCUGUUUGCUGCCUACAACGAAGGGGUCAUCAGUCUUCCAGAGAAAUACUUUGACAUGAAGAAGCACCAGUGCAAGGACGCCCUGGACAUCUACAAGAAGUUCCUCUGCCGGAUGACCAAGCUCUCCGAGUUCCUCAAAGUGGCAGAGCAAGUUGGAAUAGAUCAGGGUGACAUCCCAGAUCUCUCACAGGUCAGUAGACAUCCCAUAAUCUCUCGAUUUCUCGAUCUCUGUCUCUCUCUCUCUGCCCUCUCUUUCUCCCCCCCCCCCCCCCCCCUCUCUGACCAGCGUCUGAAGGAGAUUGGUCAGCACACUCCCUCGGCCUCGCCCAGCAGCCAAUCAGUGAGCAGCGGAACAAAUAAUAACCACCACCCCAGCAGCAACAACAACAGCAGUCAGACCCUGGAGCUGUUCUCCACCCCUGCCCCCACCCCCGCCACCAACAGCAUGCCCAACCUGAACAGUGACCUGUUUGACCUCCAGCCUGCUUUCAUCCCAGCGGUCCAAAGCAAUCCCUCCAUCACCUCUGCCAACAGUGCCUGGGGAGGUCUGGACAGCCAGCCAGUGUCCUCCAUGAGUGUAGAUUUUGACGCUGUGUUCGGGGCUAAAGCUGCCAGCCGUGACGUCAAGCCUGCGGGCGCAGCCGGAUUCGAUGUCCUAGGGGACCUCCUCAAGCCCACGCUGCCAAGCCACGCCCACCUUCCUAUGAUGCUGUCCGGGGGCAAGCUGCUGGCCAACGACCUGGACUCCUCCCUCGCCAACCUCGUCGGCAACCUGCAGUUUGGAGGAACCCCAGCCAAGAAGCCAGACAUGCAGUGGAGCCAGCCAGGAGACAAGAAGCUGACGGGAGGCUUAUCCUGGCAGAACAAGACCAUGAACACCCCUCCCCCUGCCUGGAACCCCCAGCCCAUGCCCCCCCAGCACAUCCCUGUCCAGCACAUGAAUGGGAUGUUCUAUACUAGUUACGCUCCAGCCACCAUGGCUUUCCCCAUGACGACACCGCAAGUGCCUAUGUAUGGAAUGGUGCCCCCCCAGAUGGCUCCUAUGGGAGGUGUUCCCAUGAUGGCAGCCCAGCCCAUGAUGUACAACCAGCCUGUCCUCAGACCAACCAACCCCUUCGCCCCCAUGCCCGGGGCCCAGAUGCAGUUCAUGUAGAUCAUAGGAGCAGCGUGCCAAAAGAGAGACGACACACAGAAAUCAACCAACCUUCAUAGACACACACACUCACACACUCGAAACCAACCAACCUGUCUCUCUCUCACACACACACACAACCAAGCCACCGCCAGAGAGUGAAGGACUACACAACAAAGACAGCAGGUGGAAGCAACCAAAACGCCUUCAGCGCCAGGAGAGGGGAGCAGAGCAGAGGAGAGGGGGAUGAAUGUUGGGGGACGGAGGGAUGGAGAGGGAGGAAAUGGAGAAUAGGGUUGUUAUGAUGUCAUCAGGGCUUGUCUCUUGUGUCUGAAACGACCCCAUCACACACACACACCCUUCCCUCUGUGUUUAGCUGUUAGCGUAUUUAGGAAGUGGAUCAGAAGACACUGUUUCUACUUCCUGAACUAACUGUUACUGAUGCCCCACUCCAUCCUCCCAUCCCAACAUCCCUAUAUAUAUGUGUGUGUGUGUGUGUGUGGG